UUAUGAAUUAAACUACGACAUGCUAUUGCAGAGCUUGAUCUAAAAACGAUGGGCUUUACCACAUUAACGAGAUGUCUACUUUUGACGUUCUGUAUGACGUCAUUUACGUCUCUGAUGACGUCAGGGGUAUAUUUCGAAGACGGUUACGAUCAUCACUAUACAUAUUCGUCUGAGUCUGACGUCCUUGGGAUGCAUAACGUCACAACAGUGAUCAAAUUCCGGAUUCGGUCCGUGAACGCGACUUCGGGAGGCGGUGUCCUGCAUCAGUUGAUAAUCGACAGCUUCGUCCAGCACUCCGAGCACGGAUAUGUGGCAGACAACCCGUUGAAGUGGGAUCUAAAUAACAGGUUUUACUUCACCAUUAGCCCAGAAGGUCUCGUGCAUUUCGUACAUUUUCACCCGGAGGAAAUCCAUGAGCUUAUCACGCUGAAAAAAGUCUUGGCGUCGACCUUGACCACUCGGGUGCAGAUUGAAGACGGCCAAUUCUGGAUGUACGACUCUAUGGAGGAAGACCACACAGGUCAAUUGGGCCACACGUACGAGGCGAGCAGGACGAGUGAAGGGAUGAGGUUGCUGAGGUCACACCGUAGUCUGACGGACGUACAUAGAAUGCACUACAAGACGACCCAUUUGGACGAUCGUCUGACACCACAGCUGGUCGAAGCCAUCGACAAUAUCACGCUGCAGCACAGCCCGAACACGAUCAACUCACACAAGGUUGAAGGUGCUGCGGUAAUCGAGGAAGAACAUUCUGGAGGUUACUGCUCCUGA